CUCUGUUUCUCUGAUAUCGUGUCAGUUUUUUUCGAGUAAACUUCCCUAUCGCUGGGCGCCCUCACUAACUUCCUGCCUCCGUUUCUCGCUGCGCUGGCCUCGGCUUGCACGUUCUGUCUAGGUACACAAUCACUAAGAUGAACCUCCGGCCAAGACUUAUCAUCCUGGCAGUAGUGAUCGCGCUCGGAAUCACAGCUGUGGGGUUCCUCGACCAAGGCCAGGCGGGGGCGGUCUCCCUGUCCAGGCUCCUCAAGGCAGGCACCAAGGCCAAGUACGACGUGUGGCCUUCUUUCUCCGUCGAGCCCAAACACGAUACGGCGUGGUACGUACAGGAGUGCUUCGGCGGCAGUCAGUCUGAAGACAUCGAGGUGAUCUUCGGGCAGCUCCUCACCGCGUGGUCAAAGUCAGAGAACCCUGAGUGCGCUGGCCUUUACUCGAAGUUCAGUUACCUGUACGAAGUUCACGAUCGCUACGCCUCCAGGUUGCAUGUUCCAGGACCCUUUGCGGAGAAAAUUAAGGCUUGGCUCCAUAACGAUACGAAACUAUUGGAACAGAUUCAUCGUCAGCACCUGAUUCACGUGUUUCACCCGCUGACGUCAGAGCACACAGUGUACAACCCGGUGCGUGCGAGCCGUCCGAUGCCAACUCAUGAAAUAAAUCCUUUUGAAUGGAUCGACAAUCUCUCGGCUGAUACAAGUUUAAACUGUGAUUUCUGCAGGUACAGUGAGAACACGGCCGUUGAUGGGCUCGGAAGGGACGACGCGAACGACACUGCACGACUGACGAACACCUUCAAAGUGGAGUCGUGGCACAGCAUGGUGGUGACCAAGUACCUCCACCACCCUUUGAACUUCACCAGGGAACUCAUGAGUCACUUCUUCGAGGCCGCCAUGACCUGGAUUUACGACGUGAGCCAGAAGGAUACUAAAUAUAUUUAUCCCAACAUAGCCUGGGACACCUUAUAUCACGCGGGGGCUUCACAGAUCCACCCACAUAUCCACAUGAUGAUGGCUCCUGACCAUUACUACGGCUAUUUUGAACUUCUCCGCUCGGCCGCCCAGAGGUACUACGAAGAGGAAGGGGAAAACUACUUCAGUGCUGUGCUCGAGGUUCAUGCUGCCUUGGGACUCGUGGUGCAUUAUGGGAAGGCCGUAGCGAUCUCAACUGUGGCUGGAAAAGCCGACCUGGAAGUAAUGUUCCUGAGCGAGAGCCCGAACGAAGACUUCUACCACCUCAUAUACUACACAAUCAAUGCGUACCACGAUACAUUCACACAACUCUGCAAAGGGUUCGCUGGCGCCGUGCCUGCCAUGGGGGAAUCAGAUGCAGCAUCCCAAGGCAGGAUUCCCACAGUGGCGAAACUCAUCUCGCGUGGGGACUGCACGUCGCUCAGGACUGACUAUAGUUCCUUCGAAAUCUUUCAGAUUGUGUAUAGAAUGUAUGACCCUUGGCGAGUGGCAGCAGCUAUUAGGAAAGCGAUUAAAUCACACAAUCAUUAACUUAACGUAUAAAACAAAGUGAAUUAUAGUAAAGCAUGUCCAUAA